AAAACAUCAAUAAAUAAAGGCUGAAAGUCGGAAUUAAAUACACAUAACUUUCAGUUAAAAUAACGAUAUUAAGGCAUUAUGUGAAACUACUAGAGUCGACCGUAAAAUGUGGAAUUUAAAAUACCAUUAAUUAUUCACGAAAUAUUUAAAAUCAUUCAUUAGGUUCUCUGUUUACAGCUUUACCUAUGUAAUCAUGUUCAAAUGGCUCGUAUAUUUAAUAGUUCCAAUUAUUUUAUCAAUGAUCUUUUAUUUUCCAUUGAUGUGGAGUUUAACUUAUUUAUCGCUUCUUAGUGUGUGUUUUUUGUGUGGCGUUUUUGUGUUAACUCUCUGGGCUCAUCUUGCGCUUUCUUCCCCGCAUCAGACCUCUCUAUUUCUGUUGGAUAACAUAGAGAAAGAAAGUCGGAUAUUGGAAACGACAAUACGGGAAGAUCAAAACAACUGGGUGUAUACAGCUAAAAAACCUCACUUACCAGUCAUUUUUGGUAGAACUGUGGAUAGCCAAAUACAACUUUUAAUUGACUAUUUCUUGAGAGACUUUGUGGCCCGCUGGAUAAAGGAGCUCUCCCACAGACCAGAACCAGUUAUUGACAAAUUCAAGGAGCAUAUCUGGAAUGCUAUACAGAAUCUUUAUGAAAGAUUAUUAAAAGUGGAUGCUGAGAAGCUAUUAGCCAACGAUAUGGUUACUAAAAUAACACAACAUUUUGAACGCAUAAGGAUUGCUAGGAGUUGUGCAUUGGAACUCAACCAACCGCCAGUAUUUGCUCUAGCUCCUCAUCUAACGUCUUGUGACACUGAGUUGCACUAUUUACGUCAAAUGAGUGAACUAAUUGUUAUGUCCUUGAUGCCACGAUGCUACUCUCUUGUACCAGUGUCACAUCUGUUAAGGGAGAUUUUGGCAUGCAAAAUAUUGCAGCCAGCAAUAGAUCUUGUCACCGAACCAGAUUAUAUAAAUCAAAAAAUUAUUCAGUAUUUGGAGGCCCAGAAGGAAGUAGACGCCAUGCAUGUAAGGACACAUGAAUAUGCUAAAACAUUUGAGGACUACAUUCGACUAAUAAAUAACUGCAAUAAUGUUGAUACGCUCAAGCGUUUACGGUACGACAUUGUAACUCAAAUCAUGCAGGCAACUACAUUACAAAAUAUAAAAAGAGCGAAAGGUGUCGACGUUGAUAUCAUAGAGAAAAGUAAUAAUCAGCACAACGUAAGCCGUCAACAAGUGGCUGAUGCUAAGAAAUUGAAGAGGUACAUCGACCAACUGACCAUAGCUAAAGCAGAAUGUGAGGCUGCAUUGAGAAAGUUGGGCUGGGAUGGUGCUUUCCCAGCUGUAGAGUCGGAUAGCAAGGCAAUGCCACUCCACAAAGUGAUGGAAAGCGUUACUGGUCGACGGUAUCUCUCGAUGUUCUUAGAGACUCUGUGCUCGCAAGGCUUAGUUGGGUUCUGGUCGGCUGUGGAAGAGCUCCGUCAAAGUCCGAGAAGCAGCUGGCAUCAGCUCGGUGCUGAAGUGUUCUAUACGUAUAUAAGAUCACCUAGCGCAGAAAUCAAAGUGGACAAAGACACUAGAAAAAGAAUGGAGGCAUUUCUUUUAGGUGAUAAGGGACCGGAAGUAUUCUACGAAGUUCAAGAUAUAGUGGUAGAUACGAUUCAAGAGAAAUACUAUCAUUCGUUCCUAUUGAGCGACCAGUAUAAAGCUUUGAUCGCGGAAUUGGCUACCGAAGAGGCUAAUAAAGAGCUUUGUUCAGAGCGAUCCCCCAUUGAAGAUCGCCAGCUCUCGAACGAUCCAGUUUCGUCGGCAGAGAGUGCAGGUACCGUACAACUGACAGAACAUUCAACAUACGCGAGACGAAAACUAGACCAGUUGCAGGAGCGACAUAACAAUAAGACUCAGGCUUUAGCGGCCCUUCGAGCGUCUCUGAAGCCGGAAUCCCCAGCGUUGGCGAUGCUCGCGAAUGAAGUAGAGAGGCUCGCGGGCGAACAAAUGCGGCUCGAAGCGCAUUUAGCAAGAACGGACACUUGGGCGGAACAUUUGGGAAGAUGGCGGGCUACUGUGCACAGCGCUGAGGUUAUAGACGAAUCGAAGCCACCACAAUUUGUAAUAGUAGUGCACAUGGCGGAACAGGAGCCGACUAAUGAUGAGAAACCCGAACAAAUAUCCACCGGUUGGGUUUUACUGAGGACCCUGAAUGAAUUUCAGGAGCUACAUCGAAAAUUAAGGCCUAUGUGUUCAGAGUUAAAAAAUUUAGAACUACCGUCAAAUUCAUUUAAGUUUAUAUUUGGCAAGAAUGACAGGAAUUCCCUAGAAAAAGCUAAGAUUUUAAUUCAAAAAUAUUUAGAAUUCGUAUUAGAAGACGAUAGAUUAAACCAGAGUGAGGCUUUAUACACGUUCCUAAAUCCAAGUUCGGAAUACAUGAAGCAAGGCGAUUUACCAAAGAAGAAUAAAUUUUCCUUUUCUACUUUAUUUAAAAGUACAAGUAGCGACGCGACAAGUAGGUCGUCACAAGAGAAAGAAGCAUUUACUCAUUUGCCGGCCGACGAGGAUGAAAUCUCUCUGUACUUAGAUGGUAACGGCGGGGACGGUACCAGUAAAAAUAUGAACAGCUCAAUGCGGGGGGCUGGACCACUAGGCGAGGAACGGGACAGUAUAGCAGAACCACUUUACGCGUUGCUGAGCGAAGUGUUCGAUAUGCGAGGCGUAUUCCGGUGGCUUAGGAAAACGCUGGUCACUUUCGUGCAAAUAACUUACGGCAGGACAAUCAACAGGCAAAUCAAAGAGACAAUAUCGUGGCUGUUCUCGGAGCAGAUGCUGCAUUAUUAUAUUAGCAUUGUAUUGAAGUCCUGGUGGCCGGGCGGUGUGCUCAGCGAAACUUUUACCAAUAGGAAUAUUAGAGAUAAAGAACACACGCGCACAUUAGCGCUACAGCAACUAAGCGAGGCAGUGGUCGGGACAUUAUCUUCCUUAGUGGGUGCUCACGCGGCCGCCCGAGGCGCCCACAAACUGUUCACGACGCUGCAACAUCCCACGCACAACAAACAACUGUUCUAUGAAAUCUUUGAACUAGUUCUACUAGAAGUAUUUCCAGAGUUGAAGCGCUAUCAGUGAAUGUGAUUUGAAGUGAGUUAAAUAGAUUAAUAUCAAAAUGUAUCUACAGGGACUCUAGAAACAAUCGAAUCUUUUUUCAUUCCAAACUUUAUUACUACACUAAGUUAACGCAUGUGAAUUCCAUAUUGUAAGCACUCCAAACGUUUUGUUGCGCUAAGUAAUGUGUAUUGAUAAAUAUAUUGAUCAUUGACUUAGACUCAUUGAAUAUCGGGGAUAUUCACAAAAAUUAAAGUGUCGCGGCCUCACCAAGUUGGCUAUGUCCAGAUUAUUGAAAUAAUAACGUCGCGCGUACAAAGUUACUUCAAUAAUAAUACGUAUUCUAUUUUCCAUACAUAGUUCCACCUCUAUUUUACAAAAUAAGGGGCAUAUACUGCCCACUGUCUCGUUUCGCCGCCCGCUAUACACUUUACUUUUUUCUUUUACGAUUGGUGGAAGAUGGUACGGAACGAAAACGGAAGCAUGUGAGACUCAAAAGACAAUUGUUCGUAUUAGAGAAUUCCUUUUUCGUUCUAUUUUACAUAAAAUAAAUAAAACAAAAUACGUUGAGCGUUAUUUUAUAAAUAUAGAUAGAGUUGAUCUCAAUAAUUUUUCUCGUAUUAUGUCUGUUAUGUAGAUGUAGCCUAACGCUUAGAUGUAUGUUUGUAUGGUUUUUGUGAUCGUUUUAGCUAAAUAAGCUACGUGUGCCAAGUUUAUGCUCUCUACUUUUUUUUUAAGGCUGGGUUACCAACAAUGAUGUUGUGAGUGAAAAAAGGUAAGUAAGUAUACAGUGCAUAAAUGGCAAUUAUUAAUAUGAAACGCCAAUGAUUUUUUUCGAGAAAUUGAAAUAGAAAAAUACAGUUUUGCUGCACUUGUAAACUCGCAGCAUCAUAGUCUAAUGAAUUCAUAUUGGUUAAACUGCCACUUAAACAUAACGUAAAAUUUACCUACCUCUUUUCAAUGAAAACUAAUACAUUUUAUUAUUAAGAUUGUAAGUUACGAACUACACUACUACUUUUUAACCCAGUGCCAUUUUAUAUGUACCUGAAUUUUGAAUAUGUACCGUAUAAUUUUAAUUACCAACUAUCCAUUUUUAAUGUGCAACACGAAGAUGAUGGUGCUAAUUUGGUUACACACAAAUCCUACACAAGAUAUCGCCUAUUGAUAAUCUAACAAUACAUAAUAGAUCGUGAUCGUGAUUCUGUAACACUUUUGAUGAAAUAUCUAAUAAUAUAACACCGCGUAAGUUCAGUUAAACGCGAAGCCGUUACAGUCUAGGAAAUGUAGUCAAUUUAUUUGUAAGCUGUGCUGGAUUCCGAACAUACAGACGCGCAAAAGAAUCUGGAACCAGGCUAGAUUAAACUAAACUGACAGGUAAAAAAUAAAUGACGUCCUAAUGAAUCAGAAUACGACGUGCACUUUUAGAACUGUCCAUUUAGUUCAUUUUAAGUAUCCAACCAAAUUAGCACAGUAUUGAACGAUUAAGUAUUUGCUGUAACUUCGUUUGAUAACGUUACGUAACUUACAGCCGAGUGGCGCAGUGGGCAGUGAUCCUGCUUUCCGCGUCCA